GCCGGUCCUGCUGGCGCUGCGGGGGUCGGUGCGGCUGGAGGACCCCAGGAGCACAGCCUGGCCGACCAGCGAAACCGUUCCAGUCAGUGUCUGACAGAGCUGGACACCCUCGACAGACUCCGAGGUUCUGAGCCAGCGCCACGUUAUGGAAUAUUCAGGUCUCCAGACAAGUCUGGGUGCCCCACCACACCCCCCCAAGAGUUCCUGUCCAGUGAGUAUGUUUUUGAACACAUUAACGCCCAAGUUCUAUGUUGCCCUGACAGGCACGUCCUCGUUAAUCUCGGGGCUCAUUUUGAUCUUUGAAUGGUGGUAUUUUCGCAAGUAUGGAACGUCAUUCAUUGAACAAGUGUCCGUGAGUCACUUGCGCCCUCUUCUGGGUGGGGUGGACAACAACUCUCCCAACAACUCCAACCCAAGCAACGGGGACUCGGACUCCAACAGGCAAAGCGUCUCAGAAUGCAAGGUUUGGCGGAAUCCACUGAAUUUGUUUCGAGGCGCUGAAUACAACCGGUACACGUGGGUGACAGGACGAGAACCUCUGACCUACUAUGACAUGAAUCUUUCAGCCCAGGACCACCAGACCUUCUUCACCUGCGACACAGAUCAUAUGCGGCCAGCAGAUGCUAUCAUGCAGAAAGCCUGGAGGGAGAGAAACCCUCAAGCGAGGGUGUCGGCAGCUCACGAGGCCUUGGAAUUAAAUGAAUGUGCCACCGCUUACAUCCUUCUGGCCGAAGAAGAAGCGACGACCAUCGUUGAAGCCGAGAAGCUGUUUAAGCAGGCUCUGAAGGCCGGGGAGGGCUGCUACAGACGGUCCCAACAACUGCAACAUCACGGGGCCCAGUACGAAGCCCAGCACAGACGAGACACGAACGUCUUGGUCUACAUUAAGAGGAGGCUGGCCAUGUGUGCGAGGAAGCUGGGAAGAACACGAGAAGCAGUGAAAAUGAUGAGAGACUUAAUGAAGGAGUUUCCUCUGCUGAGUAUGUUCAACAUUCAUGAAAACCUGCUGGAGGCCCUGCUGGAACUGCAGGCCUACGCCGACGUCCAGGCCGUUUUAGCCAAAUAUGACGAUAUAAGCUUACCCAAAUCGGCAACAAUAUGCUACACAGCGGCCCUGCUCAAAGCAAGAGCUGUCUCUGACAAGUUCUCCCCGGAGGCGGCUUCCCGGAGGGGGCUGAGCACGGCCGAGAUGAACGCUGUGGAGGCUAUUCACCGAGCGGUGGAAUUCAACCCUCACGUGCCAAAAUACCUCCUAGAGAUGAAAAGCUUAAUCCUUCCCCCAGAACACAUCCUGAAGCGAGGAGACAGUGAAGCAAUAGCGUACGCCUUCUUUCAUCUUCAGCACUGGAAGAGAGUGGAGGGCGCUUUGAACCUUUUACAUUGUACGUGGGAAGGCACUUUCAGGAUGAUUCCCUACCCGUUGGAGAAAGGGCACCUGUUUUACCCGUAUCCGAUCUGCACGGAAACAGCGGACAGGGAGCUGCUUCCAUCUUUCCAUGACGUUUCCGUUUACCCGAAGAAGGAGCUUCCUUUCUUCAUCCUCUUCACCGCCGGGCUGUGUUCGUUCACGGCCAUGCUGGCCCUGCUGACGCAUCAGUUCCCCGAGCUCAUGGGUGUCUUCGCGAAAGCCUUUCUCAGCACUUUGUUUGCCCCUUUAAAUUUUGUGAUGGAGAAGGUUGAAAGUAUUCUGCCCUCCAGUCUGUGGCACCAGCUGACGAGGAUCUGAGACGCCCUCCCCUCCCUGCCUCUGUUUCCACUCUUGACCCGACUGCCAGGAUAUCUUCGUGCCAACUCCUUGUUGACCGCAAGAAAGCAUGAUUUUUAAAAAGGGAAGCCGUUCUGAGACUUAAAAAACAAGAUUCUUCAUGGAUUGUCUGUUCUCAUAUUAAAAACUGUUUUUGUUGUACAAAAUACAUUGAUGUUCAGUUCUAUUAUAUUUUGCCUUCAGAAAAGGAAAAAAAAAACCCUCAAAAAUAAACUUUUGUGUAUUGCAGCAA